AUGUCCACGGUGGAUGAUGUAUCAUGGAUAGAAAAGCUGACUGAGAAUGUUUCAUCAAAGGUGAAAGAGAUAUGUAGGGUUUGGACAGCGAUUGGCAUUGAUGGCUCACGUUUACAAGCUCGGAAAGAGACCCUACAAUCCUACCUUUUUUCGAUGCUGGAUGAGAUGUACGAUGAAGAGCUAGCUGCACAACAAACUUUGAUGAAAUCAAUCAAAGAGUUGGAGACGAAAAUUAGUGAAUUGGAAACAGAGUUGGGGUUCUCAGCUGUUCCAAUUGGUGAUUCACUUACACUAGUUCUUACCGAGAAAGCCCUAUUUGAUCGUUUUAAAUCGCUCGAAGAACGUGCUGUAUCAAUCACGGAAAGCUUCAACAGUCUUCGGAAGGAAGAGGAGUUGCUUGCAACCAGAUUGGGCGAAUCUACUGCGGUUAUUCUUUUCAGACACGUGCCCAAUCAACAACAAAUGCGCUCUUUGAAGGCAAAUAUUGAUUAUCUGACGAUGGAGAAACUAAGGCAGGAUAUUAUCAAGAUUCGAGCUGCACUGGAAACUGACUCUUACUUGGAUAUCGAUUUAUUGUCUCGGAUUACGCAAGACGAUGCACUGGAUGUGUUGCCGCUUUCCACAGAGUUCCUGGCACAGGUGGAGGAGCUUCGACACAAAUGCGAUAGUCGACUUUCAGAAAUCGAGGCAGAAUGUCUUAAUCUUUCCGAUGAAAUCUUGAGCUUAGCCGCUCGAUUAAAUUUAGACAGAGAAGAAUUGCUGAAUUUAGAUCAGCCAGUGUCUGCCUCUUUCCUAUCUCAACUGAAAAAUGAAGCUUCACGACUGGCCGAACUUCGACGUCAGAACUUGUCCAUAUUUAUCGAGAAUUGUCGAAAUGAAUUACACGAUUGGUGGGACGCAUGCUAUUUGAGCGAAAACGAACGGAAUAUGAUCACAAUGGAACCGGGCGAAUACACCGAAGCCGUGCUAAGUUCGUUGGAAUCAGAGAUCAAUCAUUGGAAGGCGUUCCAUGCAGUUCAUCAGUCAGUUUUUGAAGCAAUCAAGGAGUGGCAGACUGUCUUUGCUCGCUUCCGAGAGACCGAGAUGAAGAAGAAAGAUCCAGUUGUAUUGAAAAAUCGUGGUGGCAUUCUUCUGAAAGUUGAGAAAGAGUUCAAACAACUGCAACGAGAUCUGAAACGCCUCGAGACCGAGGUGCAUCGACUUAGCACAGACCCGGACCACUCACAUCUAUGUGUUCAUGGUAUGCCGGUGAUGGAAUUUCUCGAGGCGUCCAAACGCCAAUACGACGAGGAUAAAGAGAAUGAAGUGAAACAGAAAAAAGAAAUACAAAAAAAGUGA